UUGUGAGUAAUUUUUCAGACGGAGAAAGCCUGCGAACUGUUUUGUAAAAAAUAAUUUAUGUACUUAAGGAAUUGUAUUUUUAAUAAAAAUUCAACAAAAGUGUUGCGCAAAGCAGGCCAAAACGAGUAAAUAAAAUCCGUUGCAGUUAAUACAAAAACAUCAAAACAACCAACUUCAGCAUGGAUCGCAAAGCUGAGCUGGAACGUAAGAAAGCCAAGUUGGCAGCGCUUCGCGAGGAAAAAGAUCGGCGUAGGCGUGAAAAGGAAAUGAAAGAUAUGGAGGAGGCUGCUGGACGUAUAGGUGGAGGCGUUGGCAUCGACAAAGAUCAGAGGAAAGAUUUGGAUGAGAUGUUAUCUUCGCUGGGUGUUGCGCCCGUGUCAGAGGUAUUAUCUUCCUUGUCUUCUGUAAACUCGCUGACAUCGGACAACUCCAAUACUCAAACACCAGAUGCAAGCUUACAAGCGAAUAUGAAUGGCGUUGGUGGUCCCAAAAAGCAGCCCUUAAACUUGAGCGUGUAUAACGUACAGGCAACCAACAUUCCACCGAAAGAAACGCUAGUCUACUCAAAGCAAACACAAACGACUAGCAGCGGUGGACACGAACGUGAUGUUCUUUCUUGCCACUCCUCACCUCUAUCAGGAUACAUGGAGGAUUGGUGGAGACCACGCAAAGCUCAUGCCACGGAUUAUUAUGACGAAUACAAUCUAAAUCCGGGUUUAGAGUGGGAGGAUGAGUUCACAGGUAGGUAACAUCUGCUCCAAUAUUUUAUGACAGUAGCGGAAUCGACAUGAAGCAAAAUAGGAACGUAAAAAAAUUAUCUACAAAAGUAAAAAAGUAUAAUUCUUUCCUUUUAACUCUAUUCCAACAAAAUACGGUUUUAUAUACAUAAAACAAAUAAUGCCUUGGAUUUGUAGUUGUCCGUUUUCGCGAAAUUUCGUAUAAAGUUUAAGGUGGCUGAAUUGCAACAAAAAAAAAACGAAAGGCUUACCAUAUACUAUUAUGCUAACUGCUUUUAAGAAAUAUUUGUAAAAAUGUGUAAUCCUUGAUCUGUAUGUAACCUUUAUGUCCUGACCCAAAACAAUCCUAGACCAUCUUUUCUACCUUCACAUAAGCUGCAUUCUGUAUAUGUAUGUAUCUGUCAUUUACCUACAACAAAUAAACCCUGUGUUCAGAAAUGCAUCAAGCCAAAGCAUCAGUAUCUUUUAUUAUUAAACUUUAAUUGAUGAAAAUGUCCAAUAUACGCAACCACGGUUAAAUGCCGAAUUCAAAUUUAAUUGCGCAAAUAUGGCAUUUCCAUCAUUUCAGUUUCGAAACAAAAUACACUGAUGGUUCGGCUUGAUGCAUUUCUGAACACAGCCAUAUUCUCUCAUUAUUAUUAAUAAAUAAUAUUCAUGCAGCGCAUAUCUACAUAUUAACAUUUGUAUUUACGAAUUAACAAAAAAAAAACACGGUAAAUAAAACACAUGACGGGAGUAAAGCAGGAGAGCUUAGGAAAUUACUUUGAAGGAAUGGAGAGUUGAUGAAAAGGAAAAUGAACGUUU